AUGGCAUUCGGUUUACUUCUUCCCCUCAGAAUCGCUCAAGGCGUGAUGGCCUUAUUGGUCGUUAGUCUAUCAUCUUAUGUCGCACAUUGGUAUGAUGCGGAUACAUUAUCUGUCUCUCCAUCGCAAGUCAACUUCCUGGUGUUUGUGCCGAUAUUCUCAUUCAUCUCUAUUGCCUACCUUGAGUUGGCGCCACGUUUUGCUCCAAAGGCAUCUCACCCCUUUGGUCAUCUUGCCUUUGAGGCACUAAAUGUCCUGUUCUAUUUUGCUGGAUUUAUUGCUCUCUCAGCGUUUAUCAGCAAGCUUCUAUUUUGUCGUGGUUCAGUCUGCUCCGCUGCUCGUGCCGAUGCCGUGUUUGCUUCAUUCAGCUGGCUACUAUGGACCGGCUCUACAACUCUUUUGGCCCUCGAGGUGUUCAAGGGUGGUGCCAGCGGGGAAAGAAACGGUUCAAAAUCAAUGAAAGAGACACCUGCUGGCUUAGGUGCAUAA